CAACGCCCACUUUUACGUGAUGACGCACCCGCGUUGCAUUGUGGUCACCGGUGCUUAGCUUGAAACAGAAAGUCUCAGAGCUACGGGUUUUCAUCCACUUUAUCCGUAUAGUUGUGACCGGGCAGCGAACGCCAUGUCGUCAACAUCCCAAAAACACAAAGACUUUGUGGCUGAGCCCAUGGGGGAGAAACCGGUGAUGGCUCUAGCAGGAAUCGGAGAAGUUCUGGGCAAAAGACUGGAGGAAAAAGGCUUUGAUAAGGCGUACGUCGUCCUCGGCCAGUUUCUGGUGCUAAAGAAAGACGAGGAGCUCUUCCGGGACUGGCUGAAAGACACCUGCGGUGCAAAUGCCAAGCAGCAGGGUGACUGCUAUGGCUGCCUCAAAGAAUGGUGUGACGCCUUCCUAUAAACCUUCAGUCUUCUGUUUUCCCACCCUUGAGUUCCAAAAUGUACAGCUUAUCGGUGAUUUGGACGUAAUUCAUCUGUGAGAUCUGGCACUGAAUACACUCUUUGAGCGUCUUGAUUUACACUCUAAAUAGUCAUUUGGUCUCCUGGCUGCCAAUUCUUGCAUUUCCCACGUAACCUAUGAAUUUUGCAAUCAAAGUUCAAUUGCAAUCACAAGCACGACUGUGACCGUAGAUUUAAAUGUGUAGCCUCAAUAAUGUAAUUACACUUGUUUGACUUGCUAACCUUUUCACUUUCAGUUUUAUCUCGCCUCGGAUUGUUCUGUUCAAGGUAGAGCUUUUAUCGCGGUGUGCUCGCCUGAUGCUAAAUCACUGAAAUGGGCUUUCAAGAUCUGUUUGAAUGUUUUUAGGAAAACACUCGUUUGGGUGGAGAUACUCGAUCGACAGUAAAGGUCGUCAGAGGAUUUGAGUUCAAACCUGUUCUCUGUACUGUAAAUAACACGUUUUGUUUUUCCUGUGUGAAGGGAUUUUGUUGUUUGAAAAUGUAGCCGCUAAGUCAUACAAGCUAAAGCUGGAGUGAGUUGAAAGCAGCUGUUAAAGGAAACCUCAGUCUGAUUGGCUUCUAACUUCGUUUGACCCUGAAGCAAACGGGGAGUGCCGGUGCAAAACCCCUAAACGCUCGAGGCCAUCUCAGACUGUCUUUAUUUAUUGCUGAAGUUGUCUUUUAAACAAGAGUGGCCUUAAUGUGUGCUGGUGUGAUCGCUUAAGGUCGAUUCAUUUUUAAAUAGCUGUUAAACAAUCUUUCAUUCAUGUCAGCAAACCAGCUGAGUUCAAACGACUGUUCUGUCAUUUAACAGGAAAUGCUUUUAUAUUGCUUUUAUUAUGAAACAAUAAAAAGCGAGUUUGUGUCCUUU